AUGGCUGAUUACGACAACGAAACAAACCGAUAUGGUGACGAGCCUCGCUACGAGCGCGAGGAUCGCGACCAUGAGCGUGAUCGUAGCGCCUCUCCUCGAGAUGAACCCCGAGACCGUACCCGUGAGCGCAGCCGUUCUCCUAACCGGUCCGAUGACAGAGUCAUUACCCGUAAGAACGAGGAUGAAGACGAGGAAGGUGCCAACAACUCCGGCUCCAACCUUUUUGUCACUGGUAUUCACCCUCGCUUGACCGAGUCCGACAUUUCGCGUCUUUUCGAGAAGUACGGUGAUGUCGACAACUGCUCCAUCAUGCUCGACCCCCACACCAAGGAGUCCCGUGGAUUCGGUUUCGUCAAUAUGGCUACUGCCGACCAGGCUGAUGCUGCCAAGGAAGGUCUUCAAGGUGAGGUUAUCGAAGGUCGCACUCUGAGCAUCGAAAAGGCCCGCCGCGGUCGUCCUCGUACUCCCACUCCUGGCAAAUACUAUGGUCCUCCCAAGCGUGAUGGUCCUGGUGGUCGUGGACCUCCCGGUCGUGGUGACCGUUACGAUGAUCGCCGCCGCCCUGGUGGUGGUGGCCCUUGGCGCCGCCGUGAUGACGACUACUAUCGCUCUGGCGGUGGUGGUGGUGGCCGCUACGACUCUUACAACGAUCGCCGUGACUAUGGUGGUCGCGGUUACGGUCGCGAGGGUGGUGGCGAUUACCGCCGUGAUUACGAGGGUGGUGGUCGUGAUUAUCGCCGCAGCUCCCGUGAUGAUUACGGUUACCGUGGUGGUGGUGGUGCUGGAGGCUCCGACCGCUAUGGUGGUGGCGACCGUUACAGCCGUGAUGAUCGCCGUGGUGACGACCGCCGCGGUGGUGCUCCUUCGGCCCCUGCUAGCGGCACUGGCGGUGGUGAGGAGGCUGGUGGUCGCCCUUACUACGACCGUGCUGACGCCAGUGCUCCGGCUUACGAAGCUGCUCCCCCUCGCGAGCCCCGCGGUGACUAUGCUGGUGGUCGCUCAUACGAGGGCCGUGGUGGCGAGGACCGCUACCCUGCCCGGUAA